CUGAGUCAGGCGAAGGAGUGGCGCACAACGGGAAAGGCUCCGCUGGCGUGUGGACGGGUAGAACUGGUCUCGUCCUGCCCAACAGAGAAGCCGCCGCCGCCGCCGCCGCCUCGCCCGGAGCCCGUGUGCACCGCGCAGCUUUUCGCGACUUGCAAAGAUGCCCGUCAAAGGAGGCACCAAGUGUAUCAAGUACCUGCUCUUCGGCUUCAACUUCGUCUUUUGGCUUGCAGGAACAGCUGUCCUCGCAAUUGGACUAUGGCUUCGGUUUGAUUCGCAGACAAAAACUAUUUUUGACCAGGACAACAAUCAUACAACAUUCUAUACAGGGGUUUACAUUCUAAUUGGAGCUGGUGCCCUCAUAAUGCUUGUUGGUUUCUUGGGAUGUUGUGGAGCAAUACAGGAGUCCCAAUGCAUGCUUGGCUUGUUUUUUACCUUCCUUCUGUUGAUUUUCGCUCUUGAAGUAGCUGCUGCCAUCUGGGGAUUUGCAAACAAAUCAAAGGUUGUUGAUGAAAUGGAGAAUUUUUAUAAGGCAACUUAUGACAAAAAAAGUGAGCCUUCUGCCAGAGAAACUCUGAAAGCCAUUCAUCAUGCACUAAAUUGCUGUGGCUAUGCGGGAGUCUUAGAAGCGGCGAUUUCAGAAACCUGUCCCAAAGGGGUUACACAGCCAUGCCCUACUGCUAUUAAGGACUUCUUCACUACAAAGCUGAACGUGAUUGGAGCAGUCGGUAUUGGUGUUGGCGUGGUGAUGAUUUUUGGAAUGAUUUUCAGCAUGAUCCUUUGCUGUGCUAUUCGCAGAAACCGAGAAAUGGUCUAAAGCUAUUUCAGCCGCCCCCGCAUCCCCUACCUUCAAGGAAUCUCCAGUUAUUAACUCCAGCAUUCUGAAAGUCAUUUUCUAAAGUUAUAUAUUUGUUUUUUAAAAAUGCUUUGUUUAGUACUGAUGUUAUUCACUUUUGCUUUUUAUGUUUAUAAAAGCUUAAAAGGAGUUUAUUGCUGAAAAGGUACUAUAUUUGUUAAGCUAAAGUCUACAACUUGUAUAUAAGGUUCUUGUCUCUAAAUUGAUGUCUUGCUUUCUUCAAACUUACAAUUGGGAUGUAAUUUAUGUUGGAGAAAAUUUGAUACUUAAUAAAGAUUUAAGACCAUAUAA